UAAUACGGAAGUAUAAAAUUAAAAUAUGCAUAUUGGAAGGAAAAUAAAUGGAAGGUGGUAGGUGAAGGAUCUGACCGAUUUACCCUCGAGACAUGCUUAGACUUUUUUGUCUCUUUGGCAUAUUCUGCCGUAUAUAAACCCCUUCAUCACCUUCCUCUGCUCUUCAGCUUGAGUUUCUCUCUCCAGAAAGAACUCCAAGCUUCAACCGUCGUUUUGUACUCUUCAUUCUUUUUCUUUUCUUCCCAAAAUUCAUUUUUGUUGGGGGCACAAAUCAUGCAAGUCGCUUCGUCUGCAUCGUCGUGUGAUCUCACUUCCGCUUUCAGGACGAAUCCGACAGCCAGGAGCGCGCGUUUUACCAACGCGAUGUCACAGCGAUUUAUCCAUUUAUUUUUUACAUGGAUACUCCAAGUCUCCGCCACCGCCGCCGUGGUAGCCGCCGUCAAUGGUCACAACAACACCGCCGUUGACCUCGGCCUCGUCCACGUCGAGAACCAGAACGAGAAAUCUCCAGCGACAGCGAUUCAGCCGCUGACGAUAACCGACCUCUCGCCGGCGCCGUUGCACGGAUCCAAGCUCCGAGUCGCGUACCAGGGAGUGCCCGGCGCGUACUCGGAGGCGGCCGCCGGAAAAGCUUACCCGAACUGCGAAGCCAUCCCCUGCGACCAGUUCGAUGUUGCGUUCCAGGCGGUGGAGCUCUGGAUCGCCGAUCGCGCCGUUCUCCCGGUGGAAAAUUCUCUCGGUGGCUCGAUCCACCGGAACUACGAUCUCCUCCUCCGCCACCGCCUCCACAUCGUCGGCGAGGUCCAAAUCCCGGUCCACCACUGCCUCCUCGCCCUCCCCGGCGUCCGUUUAGAUCAGAUCAAUCGUGUGAUCUCGCAUCCUCAGGCGCUCGCUCAGACAGAGAAGUCGCUCGACAAGCUCACCCCUAAGGCGGCGCGUGAGUCGUUUCACGACACCGCGGCGGCGGCAGCAUACAUAACCGCCAACAACCUCCGCGACACCGCAGCGGUGGCGAGCUCACGCGCCGCCAAUCUGUACGGCCUUCAGAUCCUCGCUGACGGGAUCCAAGACGACUCCGGGAAUGUCACGCGCUUUCUGAUGCUGGCACGUGAGCCGAUCAUCCCUCGUACGGACCGGCCGUUCAAGACUAGCAUCGUGUUCGCGGCGCAGGAGCAAAAUGGGACCAGCGUUCUGUUCAAAGUUCUUUCCGCGUUUGCGUUCCGGAACAUAAGCCUUACGAAGAUCGAAUCGCGGCCGCAUUUCAACCGCCCGUUGAGGAUCGUCGACGACGGGAACGUGGGGACGGCGAAGCUGUUCGAGUACAUGUUCUACUUGGACUUCGAGGCAUCAAUGGCGGAGGCGCGUGCACAGAACGCGCUGGCUGAGGUGCAGGAGUACACGUCGUUUCUCCGAGUGCUUGGAAGUUAUCCCAUGGAUAUGACGUCAUGGUCCACGUCAUCGAGCGGAGACGACGCAUGACUCAACUACCAAACCAUAUCAUCAUGCACCAAUUAAUAAUAGCAAUUAUAAUAAUAUAAUAAGGUUAAUUAUAUUAUUUGUUGAAUUGUGAAAUAGUGAACAAAGGAAAUUUAGAGCUCGUUAUUCUCGUGGGAGAUUAAUAUUUAUUUUAUUUCUCCCGCGAUUUGAUGCUAUUGUUCUUUGUUUUCUUUUUUUUUUUCAAGAGGGUUUCUGUUUUCUUAUUUAUUUUGUUUUCUGUCUUGUAUGCAAAUUUCCAUGAAAUAGAUUGUUUAUAUAA